UUGGCUCAAGAAUAUCCAAUCAGCUUCUACUAUUCCACUAGUGGGCGUGGCCAGAGGGCUCAUGAAUAUGCAACAAGCGCUCGGUGGUGCACACAGAGAACAAGGGGUCUUGUGUACAGUAGUGUUGCUUUUUGCUGUCCUAAAAGCAGCGUUGAUAACAGGCCUGGAAGCAGCAGCUCUGUCGUGGUGAAAGAAGCGUUUGUUUUUGUUGUUGAGGAGGCAUCUCUCUCGGUACCGUUCAGUCUCUCUCUGGUGGUCUGCUCGGAGCUCAGCAGGACAUAAUGUCUGGUAAAGCCGCGGUGACAGAGGCGCUCCAGCCGUCUACCGUCGUUACAGCCGCUCCUGUAGAGCAGAAGUGCUUCCCGUUUGUUUUAAAGAAGAUUAUGGACAUCCCUCCUCCUAACAUCCUGGAGGAGGGCGACGACGAAAUAGAGAAAGAGAAGCUGUGCUCAUCUGAGGAUGUGGAGGGAGGCGGGGCCGCAGCAGCAGCAGCCAGUGCUGGUGGAGGUUCCAGAGGAGGAGGAGGCAGUGGGGGGGUAUCAGCCUCCUUGACCCCGGCCAUUUGGGAGAAGACCAUCCCCUACGACGGGGAGACCUUCCACCUGGAGUACAUGGACCUGGACGAGUUCCUCCUGGAAAACGGGAUCCCUGUGAGCCUGGAGGAAGAGGAGCUGCAGAAGACUCUGGCUUCAGUGGGAGUCAAAGGCAAAUCCAUCCCCAAGGUUACUCCUACUCCUACUACUACUCCAGCUGCUGAAGCUGAAGCUCCUGUACCCGCCUCAGCAUCAUCCCCCUCGACGGUCACCUCAGAUCCAGAGGAAACGGUGACGGUCACCACGUUACAACCAGCCAAGCUAGAAGAAGAGGAGGAAGAGGAAGAGGAAGAGGAAGAGGAAGAGGAAGAACAAGAAAAGGAAUCUUUGUCUGAGGAGGCAACAGCAGAAGUGGAAGUGAAGAAAACAGAUCGUAACCCUGCAGACCGUAACACCCCCUCCCCGAUCGACCCAGAAGCCAUUGAGGUGGACAUUAACUUCCAGCCGGAUCCCACAGACCUGGUCCUGUCCAGUGUGCCGGGGGGAGAGCUGUUCAACCCGCGCAAACACAAGUUCUCUGACGAGGAGCUGAAACCGCAGCCCAUGAUCAAGAAGGCCAAGAAGGUGUUUGUUCCUGAUGAGCAGAAGGAUGACAAAUACUGGUCCCGGAGAAAGAAGAACAACGUGGCAGCAAAGCGCUCUCGCGACGCGCGGCGGCUGAAGGAGAACCAGAUCACGGUGCGCGCCUCCUUCCUGGAGCGGGAGAACGCGGCGCUGCGCCAGCAGGUGUCCGAGAUGCGGAAGGACUGCGGCCGCUGCAAGAACAUCCUGACCCGGUACGAGGCUAAGUACGGCCCGCUGUAAAAGAACUCACCCAACGAAAAGUAUCAAUGAGACAAAAAGCAGAACUCCCUUCCCCGCAGAAUUCAACACUGACACAAAUCCACCAAGGGAAUCUAAAUUUGCACUGUUGUCUUAGCUGACCUCCAGUCACUGUGUCGAGCUCCAGCUGUUAACAGGAUGCUGGAGUUUUGGAUGCACACUGGCAGGGCAGUGAGGCAUGAUGGGAGCGGUGGUCACAGGACGGCCUGUGGAGAGCGCCUGGCUCCUACACUCAGAGAGGAAGGGGACGAUUUGUGGACACUCCCAUGGUCAAACACACGUGGAAAAAUCCGGUCUGUCUCCAGACGGUUUCAAGAAAAAUCAGGAGAUGUGAAAAGAGCAGACCGGUACAAAAAGUAUCACAGGCUUUUAAAAUGCCACACAAAUCAGUUUUUAUCACUGCACAGCACUUCUUCUUAGUGGACCAAAGCAUGUCAGUUAGAAGUCCUGUAUUUAGAACGGUGCACACUAGCCGCCCCUCACAUUUCCUUGUGUUGCACUGUGUCCGUCGUGUCCGUACUUCCUUUUAAAAAUACUCCGUCUGAAGCUCAGAAGAAGGAUGUUGAUUAACUGGUGGCAGAGUAGGAGCAGGAGACAGGUUCACAGUGGUACUUCCAGUCUGCAGAGAAAGGAAGCAAAGGCCUCAGGCCGGUCAUAGGAGAAAGGGAUGAGAGUCCGUUAGCAGGUGGGAUUCAGUCACAGUUCUUCCGUCUUGUAACCCACAUGCACGCCUCUGCGCACACAGAAACGGUCUGUAUAUAUAGUCGUCAUCUCCCUGCACCACAUAGAUAAUGUGCGUGUAUCAGUGUGUAAUCCAUUUUUGCACUUUUCUCUUAAAAAAAAACACAUUAUGGUGGUGGCAGGUAUUUACCACCACCACCAUGGGAGACACGGUAGCUUAUUAGGGGAGAAAAACAUGCAUGACCUACAAUUUAAAGCUACUGUGAUGUAGUUUCCUUUUCUACUAACCUCAGAUCAGCUUCCAGAGCCUCACACAAGAUUUAGUCAAAGAAGACCGAUAUUUUACAAAUGAAGAGAGCUGUAGUUUUUUUCUGUAUUCGAAGGUAUAUGUGUGAUGAUCUGCAGGGCCCUCACCGGUGGAGGGGUAUGUUAAUGCGUAGGGAUGUUUAUUUUACUGCACACUGCAGGUAGAGGGCGCUAGAGCCACUACAGCCUGCCGAGUUCACGGUGUAGUGAUGGAUUGAUUUUAUUUUUUUAGCCAGGGCCCAAAGGUGACUGCUUCUAAACGUUGUAAAUAAAUGAUUGUCUCAUGGUCUUUAUAUCCUAUAAGACAGGGAUUCUGACUGUGUGUCUUUAUUAACCCAAUACUAUUUCUUAUAUUUGCCAAAUAGUCAAUGAGUGCUGUAUUUAUUCUGAUGGUAAUAACGCAUCUGUUGAUUGUGAUGUACAACAAUAUGUCAGAUAAUUCUAUUUCCUUUAGAAGAACAAUACUUCUAAUGAAACCAAUGCAGGGAAAUCAAUGGGUAAACUGUGCUUUUGGAUGUUUGUUUAAAAACAAAAAAAAACAGAUUUAUAUAGUUUUAUGGGAUUUUCUUUUCUCUAUAUACAUACAGCAUGUGUCUGAACACACAGAGGAUCCUUGUUUACCUCAUCCAACACUUCCUAUUUUGAAAGGUUGAAAGUUUAGCAGGGUUAUAAAGUGUUAUUGGUCGAAGCAGAGAGCACAUCAAAAGUUCCGUUUGACUCCGAGUUGAUAAAUUGGGUUCUUUUUGCGUCUAAAUUAGUAAACACAUUACAGACUGUUAUGGGACUCAAUAUCUCAAGUGUCUUCGGCCGACGCACAUUUCGUGAUCGGUCGGCUUGUGCUCCUAAUCGCCGUAAUCUUGGAAAGAAAAUAAAUGUGGCAAUAAUACUCUUGUUAUGUAAUGCUCGUUUUCUUUCGGUGACGAUGUUGUAUGUAAAAUUGUUAUGAUGUACUAAAUAGAAAUGCCCCCAAAGUCAUUUGUGCUUCCAGUUUAGAUCCUCUGUAAUCUAGGAUCCUAAUGCAUGAAACCCAGUAAACUUGUCCUUUUUUUCCCUUGAAUAUUUUACACCAAGUGUACUUAUGUCUGUAAACCAUCACUGAAAACUAGAUCUGUUUUUGGAUGGGUAGGUUGAUGGUCUAUUGUACAGUUCUGUCAAAACAAAACAAGCAGAGCAUCUUUGCUAUGAUGUCCUGUGUUUAUGACUUACAUAAUAGAGCCACCCAUCCUUUGUGCAGCCAGUGCUUGACCUUGGAGCGAACGUCAGCUGAAAAAGGCAUCUUUUGAUCACUGUGUGGAUUGUUUUUUCUAUUUACUAAAGAUCGAUCUAUAUCUAGAUACACUGGAUCAGCUGGUGAUUUUGUGUUUUCUUGAUACAUUCUGUGUUUGUUUCAGUUUCCUGAUGGCGUAGUAGUGUAAGGAGACAUUUCUUAGCAGUGUGUUUUAUGUUGCAUUGACAUUCAAACUUGGCAUUGACUGCAUUAUGCUGUUUUAUACAUCAAUGUAGUUGAUGAAUGCAGACUUUUAGUUAUUUCUUAACUAAAUUAAAAAUGUUCUGCAUCAGGCUGACUAAAGGUACUGAUCCUGAGAGUCUUUUAGAAGACCGAAAGAUCAUUUAUAGUACUGCGUACAGUAUGUAGCAAUCUCUGGCUCAUUGUCAUUUAGCAGGCUGUAGAUUUUCCAGGGAAGAUAAUAACAGCGGUUUAGAUCUCCAGCUGUCUGUCGCCACCUACAGACAAAGAUAGUCACAGAUGCUGCACUAUUAGAACCACCGUGCGCCACCUGCAGGCAAUAAAUGUUGGUCGGCUUGAGGUAUUUUAUUUAACCUUUCACCUGUUAGCUAAAAAAAAAGUCAAUAUACAACAUGAUAGUUUUACAGUUACCGUCAGUAACGGUUACCUCAAUGUAUGGCUUCGUUAGGCACUUCGUCAUUAGAAAAUUGAGCAUGAAAUUGUUAAUUGACUUGCCCAGAGUGAGACAUUUUAUCGAUAGACAACAGAUAAGUCAGGACAACUAAAAUCAUAAAAUCUGAUUCAGGUUAAAGAUGUCAAUAUUUAUCAUAUGGAAAAACUGCAGUUGUAAUACUCUGCCUGCAGGUGGCACCGGUUUGAGCGUGGUAUUGUUCUCUUUGCCUGACAGUGGUGGAAAUGAGCAUCUCUGUCUGAAGGUCUAAAUCGCUGUUUUCAGCUUCUGGCCUGAAACCAUUGGCACUGGCUUAUGGUGCUGCUGCACAUCAAUGACACUAUGUCCUUGUUUGCUAUUCACAGUAGCUACAAUACUCCUGAAAAAGAAAAUGUCUAAAAAGUCUAUUGAUUUUUAAAAUUGAGUUUGUUCUGUGGUGUUUCUGCUUUGUUUUCUCUUUUUUAUAUAAACAUAUGUUUUUUGUUAGAUGUUUUUGUAUCGUCCUAACCAUGUAUGGGAUACAUGCAACUGCAGUACCAUGUCCUAACUGUAUCUUGUAUCAUGCAAUUGAAAUAAAUUGGGAUUUAAUGACA